AUGUUGUCGCGAUCGGUAUGGAGGAAUCUAGGCUAUAAUGCCCGUCGGAGAACGACCAUCGCCGAGGUUCCCUACCGCUGCUUUUCCUGUUCGCAGCGAACUCAAGUGGACUCGAACAAGGCCAACCAUGAUGAACGGAUGACCCAUUUUGGCUUUAGCAACGUUCCCGAAUCGCAGAAGGAGUCUAUGGUUGGAGCGGUCUUCAGCUCGGUUGCUUCUUCCUACGAUGCUAUGAACGAUUUCAUGUCGCUCGGGAUCCAUCGACUGUGGAAAGAUCAUUUUGUUCGCUCCUUGAACCCUGGAUCAGCGCUACCAUCACGCAACACCGACACAACAGGAAAAGGGUGGAAUAUCCUGGAUAUCGCCGGCGGGACGGGCGAUAUCGCGUUUCGCAUGCUGGACCACGCGACUAACAUUAACCACGACCAUCAGACCCGUGUCACAAUUGCUGAUAUCAAUCCGGAUAUGCUUGCUGAGGGCAAAAAGCGGAGCAUCCAGACCCCUUACUACAACACGGAUCGUCUAUCUUUCAUGCAGGGCAAUGCCCAGCACAUGCCUGACAUCCCAGAUAACUCAGUCGACCUCUACACGGUUGUCUUCGGCAUCCGCAACUUCACCGACAAACAGGCCGCCCUACACGAAGCAUUCCGGGUGUUAAAGCCCGGUGGUGUGUUCGCAUGUAUGGAGUUCAGCAAGGUAGAGAACAGCGUAUUCAAUGCGGUCUACAAGCAGUGGAGUUUCAGUGCCAUCCCGAUGAUCGGUCAAAUGGUGGCGGGAGAUCGGGACAGCUAUCAGUAUCUGGUGGAGAGCAUUGAGAAGUUCCCCAGCCAGGAAGAAUUCCGGGGCAUGAUUCAGAAGGCUGGUUUCAUGAUCCCUGGCCGGGGAUUCGAGAACCUCACUGGCGGAAUUGCAGCUAUUCACAAGGGUAUCAAGCCCCUUUCCAAGGCUUGA